AUGUCUCUCCCCUGGAAACGCCUCAUCCGCUUCGUCGCCACCGACGGCCGAGUCCUGCGUGGAGAACCCAUUCUGCCAACCCCAACUACCGAUCUCGGUUUCAUCACCGAGUCCGACAAAUUGCAAGCCCGCGUGAUUGAGGGUGAUGAUAUAUAUGACACAAUGGGUGCAACACGCGUCACGGAUGAGAUCGUGACUGUUCGUACGAUUCUGGGCCCGCUAGCGGCGAGUGAAGUCCCGAUUCUGCGAUGUGUUGGACUUAACUAUGCAAAGCAUAUAUAUCUGAGCAUGUUCAAGGAAGCUGGACGCACACCUCCACCAUGUCCAUUUAUUUUCUUUAAGCCCAAUACCACGGUCCAUGAUCACGGCAAGUCAGUUGCAAUCCCAAAGAUUGCUCAAGAUGAUCAAGCGGAUUACGAGGGCGAAUUGUGUCUUGUCAUCGGUCGCGAUGCCAAAAACGUCUCUCAAUCGGACGCUCUCUCAUAUGUCGCUGCCUACACAGUCGGGAAUGAUAUCUCCUCCCGCAAACUGCAGCGUGAUCCCGUGCUCGCAGGCCGAGUCCCGCAAUGGGGUUUCUCCAAGGGAUUCGACACAUAUGCUCCCCUAGGCCCCUGUCUUGUUGCUCAGUCAGAGAUUGCAGACCCAAAGACCUUGCGGUUGAAGACUGUUGUGGAUGGAGAGGUACGUCAGGAGGAAAGUGUUUCUGAUUUGCUGUUUGAUUGUGCGUAUUUGGUCUCGUAUCUUUCUCAAGGAACUACGCUGCAGAAGGGUAGUGUUAUAAUGACAGGCACUCCAGGUGGUGUUGGAGCGGGAUUAAGUCCUCCCAAGUAUCUUGUCCCUGGAACUCAGAUGGAGGUGUCGAUCAGUGAGAUUGGAACUUUGAGAAAUGAUGUUAUUUUUGACUAG